AUGCUAUGGUCGUGCGGGGAGGAGGGUGAGGAGAGGGGGAAGAGGGAGGAGGGGGAUGAGGGGGAGGAGGAGGAGGAGGAGGAGGAGGAGGAGGAGGAGGAGGAGGAGGAGGAGGAGGAGGAGGAGGAGUGGGAGGAGGAGGAGGAGGAGGAGGAGGAGGAGGAGUUGGAGUUGGAGGAGGAGGAGGAGGAGGAGGAGGAGGAGGAGGAGGAGGAGGAGGAGGAGGAGGAGGAGGAGGAGGAGCUGCAGACAGACGGCAUCAGGGAAGUCAGCAUGGCAGCUGGGCUGGAGAUGCUACCCAGAGACCCCGUACUAUAG